UGCCUUCAGUGGGUGAGUCGGUAACAGAGGUUACCAUUGCUGCUUGGGUAAAAAAAGAUGGGGAUUUUGUGAAGAUGGAUAAGGUGAUUUGUGAAUUAGAAUCAGAUAAAGCAACGUUCGAAUUGCCUGCCGAAGCUGAUGGUAUUUUAAGGAUUAUCGGAAAAGAAGAGGUAACUAUUGCCAGCUGGAUCAAAAAGAGUGGUGAGCAAGUAGGUUUGGAUGAGAUCAUAUGCGAGUUGGAGUCUGAUAAAGCUACUUUUGAAUUGCCUUCACCAGUUGCAGGUAUUUUGCAAAUAAUUGCUCAAGAAGGAAGUGUAAUUCCGAUAGGUGGCAUUUUGGCUUCGGUCGAAGUUGGUGGUGCAGUUUCAGCACCAGCGGCUGCCCUUAUUGCUUCGGCUGCUCCAACAGCAGUAGCAGCAGAAACCAAUGCAAGUUAUGCAGAAGGCCAUCCUUCACCAGCAGCAGCAAAAGUAAUGGCUGAAAAAGGCCUGAGCACUGCCGACGUUCAAGGGUCAGGAGUUGGUGGUAGAAUUACCAAAGAAGACGCUUUAAAGGCUAACGUGGCUCCAGUUGCAGCGACUCCUGCUGUUACUGCUGCUCCUACUAUCGCAGCUGUAGCUAAAGAAAGCAGAGGCUCGAGAAGAGAGAAAAUGUCAAGCUUACGUAAAACCAUUGCAAGAAGAUUGGUGGCUGUGAAAAACGAAACUGCUAUGCUGACUACUUUCAACGAAGUUGACAUGAAGCCAAUCAUGGAUUUGAGGAAGCAAUACAAAGAUAAAUUCAAAGAUACGCACGGAGUUGGUUUAGGAUUUAUGUCAUUCUUUACCAAGGCUUGUUCUAUUGCUUUGCAAGAAUUCCCUGCAGUGAAUGCUUUUAUUGAUGGAGAUGAGAUAGUUUUCAAUGAUUUUACUGAUAUUUCAAUAGCGGUAUCUGCUCCAAGAGGAUUGGUUGUGCCUGUUAUCAGAAAUGCUGAAAACAUGACAUUUGCUCAAAUCGAAAGUGAG